UCCAAAUCGUCCAGUGAUAGCAAGAACCGUCACAAAAAGCCCAAGGACACCAAGCCCAAGGUGAAGAAGCUGAAGUAUCACCAGUACAUCCCCCCGGACCAGAAGGCAGAGAAGUCACCUCCACCCAUGGACUCUGCAUAUGCCAGACUCCUCCAGCAGCAGCAGCUCUUUUUGCAGCUCCAGAUCCUCAGCCAGCAGCAGCAACAGCAGCAGCAGCAGCAGCAGCACUUCAGCUAUCCAGGGAUGCACCAAGGCCAGCUAAAGCAAUCAAAUGAGCAAAUGGUCAAAAGUUCAAAUUCUUCAUCAACUUCUGUGAGCAACACCCCUCUUUCUCCUGUGAAAACCACCUUUUCAGGCCAGACAUCUGUUUCGUCUAUCAAGCCUGGCCCUCUGCCGUCUAACCUGGAUGAUCUGAAAGUGUCAGAACUGAGACAGCAGCUCCGAAUGCGAGGCCUGCCUGUGUCGGGUACCAAAACAGCACUGAUGGAACGGCUGCGGCCCUUCCAGGAGUGCAGCAGCAACGUGGUGACAAACUUCAGUGAGAUCACCACUGUCACCUUCCCAGUCACUCCAACAAGCACCUUGUCGAGCUACCAGUCGCAGUCCUCCACCAGCAUGUUAUCAAAUGGCUUCUACCACUUUGGCAGCACCAGCUCCACCCCACCCAUCUCUCCAGCCUCCUCUGACCUCUCUGUGAGUGGCUCUUUGCCAGAUACAUUCAAUGAUGGGCCCAUGUCUUCUCCACAGUUCGGUCUCCAGCCAUCUCCGGUUCAUGGCAGUGCCGAAGAAAGCCUCAUGAGCAGCAUGAACGGAGGGAGCAUCCAGCUGGAGCUGGAAGGGAUUGACACAGAGAAAGACAAGAUGCUGGUGGAGAAACAGAAGGUCAUCAAUGAACUGACAUGGAAGCUGCAGCAAGAGCAGAGACAGGUGGAAGAGCUACGGAUGCAGCUCCAGAAGCGAAAGAGAAGCAACGGCCUUGAGGAGAAGCAGCAGCCCACUCAGCAUUUCUUUGGUGUCCCCAUCAAGCAAGAAAAUGCAGUGUCCAGCUGUCCAUUUGCAUCUAAACAAACUGCCUUGAAAGGCCAAGCCAGCAGCUCGGAUAAGUUAAGUAACUGUGGGGUGCCGCAGCUGCCUCACAUUGUAAAUAGCCACUGCUUGGAGCCUGCAGGGCAAAGCACCAUCACCUCCUCGACAUUCCUGAGCCCACAGUGCUCCCCUCAGCACUCCCCACUUGGGGCUGCAAAGAGCCCCCAGCACAUCAGCCUCCCGCCGUCCCCCAACAGCCACUAUCUCCUCUCAGUGUCCCCGGGAUCACAGGCAGAGGGGCGCAGCGGGUCCCCACAGACCAACACUUGCCUUCGCACAGCAUCGCAGAUGACACGAAGUCAGCAGAUGGACGAGCUCCUGGACGUGCUGAUUGAGAGCGGAGAAAUGCCAGCUAAUGCCAAAAGCUAAUGCCAAGGAAGGGCGGUCCUGCCUCCAGAAAGUACCUCAGAUAACGGUGUCUACAGGGAACUCCAGUGCUUCUCUCCCAAAGUCAUCUACUGCGUUCGAGCAAGUGUCCUCAGCCCAGCUCUCCUUCGAGCACUGUCCGGGCAGCAGUGAUGCCCACCUCGAGGUGCCCACAGCCCCCUGGGGAGGGUCAGUGAAAUCACCCUGCUGAAAAUGGGGGGAGAAGAGUCCCACUUUGAAGGAAUGAUGGAGGGGUUCUCCGGCAAAGUCGCAGAUGAACUGCUCACCUCCCAGGAGAUUUUACAGACUCCCCUCUCACCCAUGGAAACCCAGCUCUCCCCUUCUCCUGCCGAUGGCUCCAGUUUACAAAUGAGUUUCACUGAGUCUCCAUGGGAAACGAUGGAGUGGCUGGACCUCACGCCCCCCAGCUCAGCCACUGGCUUUGGCUCACUCACCCCCGCAGGUCCCAGCAUCUUCAACAUUGAUUUCCUAGAUGUUACUGAUCUCAAUCUAAACACCAGCAUGGACCUGCACCUGCAGCAGUGGUGAAGCGAAGGGUGGUGGAGGCAGGAUACUGUAAGCCCACAGCAGCCAACACAGUGUCUGUCAUGCCGGAGAACAUGCCAUGUCCAGG